UCUACACGUCAUAAUUUUAUUUCGUGUUUUGUAUUUAUACUACCCUACAUUUAACGAAAAGCUAUAAUGCCAAAAAGGAAGAGUGAUGAGGAUAGUGAUGAAUACAUUAGACGCAAGAUGAGGAAAAUAGAAAAGAAAUUGCGCAGGCGCAAAAAACGUUCUCGUCGUUUAAGUUCAAGUAGCAACGACUUGGAAUCAAUCUGUGCGUCGCCCGUGCUGUCACUACCUGAAGAUGGCCUACCUUUGAUCAUUAAUGAUGAACAACAUGGCCUACCCACACAAAAUGUGGAUCUGGAAAAUCUGGAGCCUCUUCCAGGACCAUCCUCACCAGUUCUAACUGUUUCGGAGGAAUAUCCUUUAGACGACGAUAUCCUCGAGAUGCUAGGCGCAUCCCCGAAUAAAGCCAAAAAAACGGGGGACAACAUUCAAAAGGAUAUCGCAAUCAGAUGGCAGCAUAUUGCUACCUCAGGGCUUACAAAGGAAACUCGCAAAGAACUACUAGAUAAACAUCUUAUUCCUAGUAAUUGCACUAAGUUAGCUGCCCCGCUUUUAAAUUUAGAAAUAAAAGCGGCAUUGUCAGACACUUUGAUAGGCAAAGAUAAGAGCACUGAGUACAGGCAAAAUCAAAUUGCAUCAGCAAUUUCGUGCAUUGGAGUGGCUCUGACAAAGAUAUUUAAAUCGGACUCAAAAGACUCCACGAUAAUAAAACCUUUACUUGAGGGUGCUCAAUUACUGUGCGACUUUCAAUUCUGCGAGUCAAUGAAAAGAAGAAGCCUUAUUUGCGCCUCUAUCAAGAAAGAAAUUAAGAGCCAAUUGUAUGAAACCGAAAUUGAUACCUACCUAUUUGGCGAGAAACUGGCUGAUACUCUUAAAGCUGCUAAAGCUAUCAGCAGGUCGGCCUCUGAGAUUAAAGCAUCUAAGCCCAAGACCACAAUAGGACGUCCUCAGUCUCGUGCUUUAAACUCCAAGCCUCAGCCGGUGACCAGCAGGCAGCCAGGCAAGAGGAGGCAAGUGCCUGCUGCGAAUACGCAGAUUCAAGCCGUGUAUCCACCUCCUAUCCCACAGCAACGGCGACAGUAUAUGGCACCACUGCCACCACCACCGCCGCCACCCCCUCCACCACUACUGCUGCCGCCGCCGCCAUUGCAGUCACAACAGCGAUCCAGGCAGCAGCGCCCCUAUCAACGACGCUAGACUCGCACGGCAACGUUACCGCAGUUCAAACUUAUGGCCGGAAAAUUAUCAGGGAAGCUUAUGCCAGAAGAGGUGUACCAUCAAAUUCAUUAGACGUAAUCUGUGCUUCUUUAUCAAACAAUUCAGAAAAACAAUACACUGUGGCAUUUAAACAAUGGUUCAGUUUUUGUGAUGGAAAUAAUGUAGAUUAUUAUGAGGCGUCAAUUCCCAAAAUUAUUUAUUUUCUGACAGAUGAAUUUAAUAAAGGGUCUCAAUAUGGGACACUUAAUAGUUACCGUUCCGCCUUGUCAUUAAUUAUAGGAACACGGGUGUCCUCCGAUGAUAGAAUUCGAAGACUUUUUAAGGGCUUUUACAGACUCCGUCCGCCUUUACCAAAAUACAAUAUCACUUGGGAUACAUCUAUCGCAUUAGAUUUUUUGGCAAAUUUAUAUCCUCAUAACGAAAUUUCUUUAGAACAAUUAACAAAGAAAACAGUGACUUUAAUAGCACUCAUCACUGCCCAUAGAGUGCAGACCU